AUGGCCGCGCGAUCUCUCUGGCGCUCCCGCGCCAGGGUCCUCGCGCUUGCCGGCACCGCCGCUUGCGGCGGCGCUGCGGCGGCAGCGGUCGCGACCUCCGACGAUCCGGCCACCGCCCUGAAGCUCUGCACCGUCGUCCCCGUCCGCCUCGCCCGGGACGCCGCCACGGUCGCCUCGAUUGCCUUCGAUUACCAAUACUCCCUGUUGGGACUGCCAGACGGUAGUGAAGAAAGGGCAAGAAUUAAGCACGAAGUUCAUCUCAGAUCAGCACUGAAGCUUCAAGAGUUAUGUUUCAAAAAUGGAGGAAUAUAUAUAAAGCUUGGGCAACAUAUUGGACAGUUGGAGUAUUUGGUACCUGAAGAGUAUGUGAAGACAAUGAGGGAGUCUAUGUUGAAUAAAUGUCCAGUUUCCUCCUAUGAUCAAGUGCACGAAGUUUUUAAGAAAGAGCUUGGAGAGACACCAGAUAAAGUCUUUACUGAAUUUGAUCCUGUUCCGAUAGCAAGUGCUUCCCUAGCACAAGUUCAUGUUGCCCGUACUCAUGAUGGCCGCAAAGUUGCUGUGAAGGUUCAGCACACUCACAUGACGGAUACUGCAGCUGCAGAUCAUGCUACUGUUGAUUUCAUUGUGAACACUCUACAUCGUAUCUUCCCCCAGCUUUGA